GUCAACGAGCCUGUCAGUUUUGGUGACUGACCGAGCAAUAAAGAAGAACGAAUUUUGUUUCGCGAGAUUGCUUCUUCGCAAGCCCUCGCGCCGUAUCCCAUGCAGAUAUAGAAAUCUUCACAUUCACGAACAUACGUAUUGACGAACAUUCAGAAAUAUGGCUUCGGAACUGGACCGCUGGAUCGAGAUUGCGAAGGAGUGCAAGUACCUUCCGGAAAAUGAUCUCAAGAAGCUGUGCGACAUCGUCUGCGAGCUGCUGUUGGAAGAAUCGAAUGUUCAACCCGUCAGUACCCCCGUUACCGUGUGCGGCGAUAUUCACGGACAGUUUUACGAUUUGGAAGAGCUGUUCCGCACGGGUGGACAUGUACCGGACACAAACUACAUCUUCAUGGGGGACUUUGUCGACCGAGGAUACUACAGCCUGGAAACAUUGACACGAUUGCUGACGUUAAAAGCACGAUAUCCCGAUAAAAUUACGCUUCUCCGAGGGAAUCACGAAUCACGACAGAUUACUAAGGUAUACGGGUUUUACGAUGAAUGUUACACGAAAUAUGGUAACGCAAGCCCGUGGAAAUAUUGCUGUCGAGUUUUCGAUCUACUUACGAUCGCUGCGCUUAUCGACGAAAAGGUCCUCUGUGUGCACGGUGGCCUUAGUCCGGAAAUAAGAACACUCGAUCAGAUCCGUACGAUCAACCGCGACCAGGAGAUACCGCACAAGGGUGCGUUCUGUGAUCUGGUGUGGUCCGAUCCGGACGACAUCCUGACGUGGGCAGAGAGUCCCCGUGGCGCCGGCUGGUUGUUCGGUGCACGGGUUACGCGAGACUUUAUGAGCAUAAACAGCCUCGACUUGAUCUGCCGGGCGCACCAGCUGGUGCACGAGGGUAUUAACUUUCAGUUUGACCGCAGUCUGGUGACGGUCUGGUCGGCACCGAACUACUGCUACCGCUGCGGCAAUGUGGCCUCGAUACUAGACUUUACCGACAUCAACAAUCCGGAACCGAAGAUCUUCAAAGCCGUCCCGAACGAAGAGCGCGUCAUACCGAGCCAACGCAUUACGCCUUACUUCUUGUAGUGCGAGAAGUGCAUCUUUCCGGUGCAAUACUAUCCUGCUGCCUGCAUCCUUGGAAACUUUAUUUUUAUGACGGUUUCGCGUUAAACUACUUUUGUUAAUGUAUGUUGCACAAUAAACUAUAUACAUCAAAGAUGCGAAAUGAAAACGACGCAUAAUGGA